CGACUUUCUUCCAUCCAGAUACAAAGAUUGUCUUCAUUGUCAGAAUGUCUACCUUUCAACAAUACGGCAUUGAAUAAUGAAGGUUAUGCAGCGUAGACUGUGAAUGGUUGUUCACAUCUGAGGUUCUCCUCCAUCCAUCCUCAUCCUCAUCCUCAUCCUCCAUCGCAGUUCCGGGGAGGUGUCCAUCGGAGACCACACAAGAAGAAAUAGAGAGACUUCGAUCAGGGCCUGAAACACUGUGUGAUUGAAACCCAUCAACUCAACAGCCAUGUCUACUGUGAAAAUACCAGACGCCGGUGGUGACACCUUGACCUUCCUACAAGUUCAAGGUCGUCUUUAUCCAGCCUUUCCCCCUGAAGCAGUUAUGAACAUGGGCACGUUCAAGAUACGUCAUGAUGACGUCAUAGUAUGUGCUUACCCAAAGUCAGGUACUCACUGGGUAUGGGAGAUAGUGCGCAUGCUCCAGGCUGGCACGACGGAAGUGGAAUCUGCCGAGAAGGAUGACGGGAUGAUGGAGCUGUUUGAUCAAGAUCACUUUGACCAACUCCCCUCCCCCAGGGCUCUUAACACGCAUCUGCUGUUCACCCAACUACCCCCGGAAGUCACACAGAAGAAGAACAAGUUAAUAUUUCUGUCAAGAAACCCAAAGGACCUUUUUGUUUCGUACUAUCAUCACCACACUGGACUAGCGGACCUGUACAACUACAGUGGAAAGUGGAGGAAUUACCUCCCCUUAGUUUUAGACGGAAGAGUGGACUACGGCUCGUGGUUUGACUACAUGCGUGAAUGGGAGAAGGCGAUACAAAACAACCCGGAUGUCCCAGUUCUGUCUGUCAUGUAUGAAGACAUUAAAGAGGACCCGUACAAGGAGGUACGGAAGAUAUCCGACUUCCUGGGGAAGAACUACCCGUCUGACUUCCUGCACAGGGUCUGUGACAGCUGCAGCUUCAGUAAGAUGCGGGAACAGAAAGGACAGUACGACACCUCUCCCGACGGACUGCCAGUCAUGUACAGGAAAGGUCAGGUCGGUGACUGGAAGAACAUGUUUACCGUGUCCAUGAGUGAGUGGUUUGACAGAGUGUACAUCGACAAGAUGGAGGGAUCAACACUCAAGUUCAGAUAUACCCUGGAAGACUAGAACUGCCAAAGCGACAACGUGUUAUUAAUUCAAUACGCACUGAUGAAAACGAGCUACACAUGAGUUCGAUGAGAUCAUCUUAGCUGUAGAACGCUUGUGCUACUUUAUGUCCGGUAUACAAUCGUAUUAUAGAUAGAACUAAUAGCGCAUAAAACACUAAACGUUUUGUUUGUAAACACCACAGAAUGAAAGUUACUGAAUUUUACAAGCAACUGUUUUCACUUAUAUCAUACAAAAUCUUGGUCACAUUCAUACUCGUUUACUGUUAUUUUUUGUACCCACAAUUCAACUUUUGAUUGGAAUAUUUGUCUCUUUCCAUGAUACACAAAAACGAAUCUAAUAACAUGUGAAGUGUAUAUAUUAUUAAAAUUGAAUGACAUAUAUGGUUUCCCUACAAAAAGUUUUGGGCAGUAUAUUAUUUUCUUAUGUUGACUCAAGUUCCGCUAUCCGUAUUCCGACCAUUAAUAUUCUCCGAGUCUGCAAGAGUGACCUUCGGCCGAAUCCGGUUUCAUGACGUCUUUUAGUUAAAAAGAAUCCAACUGUAUCAACAUGUGUGGACAAAGUCCACUAGGCUCAAGGAACAGGUAUUAUGAUAGGCACUACAGUGGAAUUCAAAUUUGCAUCUCCAGCCCAAUCUGGCACUCACUAUCAUUUGAGUGAGUGAGUGAGUGAGUUGGGUUUAACGCCGCUUUUAACAGUAUUCCAGUUAUAUCGCGGCGUGUCAGCAUAAUGUGGGAGGAAAGCCCGA